AAUCAGAAUUGKAAGUUAUUGAUAUCAGUAAUUCCUGAUGUGACGAGUUGGUUGAUUUGUGUGGUUCCCUCAGACGGGCCGUACGGCGUGUUCGCCGGCAGAGACGCCUCYAGAGGCCUGGCCACCUUCUGCCUGGACAGAGACGCCCUGAAGGCCGAACMCGACGACCUGUCGGACCUGAGCGCCGCGCAGCAGGACRGCCUGGCCGAGUGGGAGUCGCAGUUCACCAUGAAAUACGAUUACAUCGGCAAACUGCUGAAACCGGGAGAGGAACCGAGCGAAUACACGGACGAAGAGGAGGGGAGGGACAAGAAGAGCGACUAGASGACGAAGAGGAGGGGAGGCUGGCUGGCCUGACCGCCUGCAGCUCUGACCAGGAAACAUUUCCAUUUCCUUCAGCUUUGGACCAAUCACUGAUCUCCGUUUCUCUGCGUUUCUUCGGGCCGUUAGCGGCGAAGCGUCGCGUUUCUGCUCAGAUCGUCUCGUUGUAAUCRGUUUCAUCUCAACUCAAACUGGCUGAAUUGGUGAAAAUAAAAAUGUCAGAAGCUGCUUGGACUCUUUCUGAUGAAAACCUUUUAAUUAGCGUAAUUAUUGCAYCGUAAAYGUUGAGGAAGCUGCAGGYAGACGGAGUUACUAACAUCUGAUCUGGAUUGUUUGGUACAGAAUCGAUUCCCCAUCUGAACGGAAACAGUUCAGAUUUCUGAUGUUUUCUCUGCUUUUUCAUUGUAAAACAUUUUGAACUUUUUCAUGUUUAAGAUGAAAUAUAAUAAUUUCAGGACUUUUGAUGACACUAUGCCAGGAAACUACAGUUGUAAGAAACUGCUUCUGUUUUUACCGUUUCAGCUCUAAAUCAGGAUCCUCAGAUUUAUUCUGGUUUCUAAAAUGAUCUUCUGAUGUUUUGCUCUUGUUUUGUGCAUUUAAUUUGCUAUAAAAUGAAGGAAUAUUUUCCUGUAUGCGUCUCACAGACAUGAUCUCUGAAUCAUUUUGAUUUAAUAAAGAAAAGUUUAAAAUUA